AUGGCUUCUUCUCAACCCGAUCCCCGUGACGGCGGCGGCAAGGUCAUUCCCAUCGUGCGCUGGGGCACGCCGAUCCUGCACCGCGAGUUGCGCCCCGUGACGACGUUCAAUACCCAGGAGCUCGACGCCCUAGUCGCCGACAUGUUCGCCACCAUGUACGCCGCCGGCGGGGUCGGGUUGGCGGCGAAUCAGGUCGGCGUGGACCUGCGGGUGUUUGUGUACGACAUGGCGGACGCGCGGGGGACCCGGCGCUGGGGCGCCGUUUGCAAUCCCGUCAUCGAGCCCUCGAGCCAGAAGCCGGCCGGCGACGGCGGCGACGACGACCAUCAUCACCCGCCACACGUGUUGCAGCGGACGCUGUCCAUCACCGAGGGCUGUCUCUCCUUCCCGGGCAUUUCGGCAUCGGUGUCCCGCCUGGGUGCCAUCACCAUCAACGGGCUGGACCCGCGCGGCGAGGCCCUGACCAUCCACGCCUCGGGCCUGUUCGGACACGUCCUACAGCACGAGGUCGACCACCUGAACGGCAUCGUCUACGGCGACCGCGUGUCCCUGGGCCGGAGGGACGAGAUGGACCGGAAGUACCGAGACUUGGAGGCGAAGAGCGCGUAUCCGGACGACUGGCCCGUCACGCAAACGGACCAUAAAUGGGGGGAUUGA